AUGAGCUAUUUAAAGUUUGACACUAGUACACCCUUACAUAGAAGUGUUGGCAGAGGUAGAGGGAUCCCAUUUGUGUUGCAGUUUGACAGUCCUGUCCAAGGAGAUGUAGCUCAUGUGGCGGGGGGUAGACAGGUUCCAGUAGAGGCUCACUCAGAUAGUGGAGACAGGGUUCCUUCUCAGAGCCACCACAUGAAUACUACAUUGAACACACAGGUUACUGCUACGCCAACAGCAGAUCCCACUUUACAGUCACACGAUGUAGUCAGCCAGAUGAGUGACAUUAUAAGGCACGUUGGCCAGCAGCUAGCUGACAGUAUAGUUACACAUCUAGGGCCAGCUCAUACUAUGCUGACACCUAGUGCCUCAGGUGUUUGUGACACGCCCAUUAACACACUAACACAAGGUCAAGACUCCUCACAAGUGCGUCAAGUAUCACACAGGAAGGUGAAAGAACCUCCGUCCUUUAGGGGAGAUGACACGGACGCGGUGGAUGUGCACGAAUGGGAGGACCUGAUGAGGAACUACGUAAGGAGGUCUGACAUCAACAUGGAGAAUCAGGCAGAAGAAAUGCUUGUCCACCUCAGAGGCAGAGCAAGAGACAUUGUGAAAUUUGUCAUGAGGAAUAGUGGCAUUGAUGUUACAAAAAAUCUAGAUGCGAUCUAUAGCCUUCUUCGUAAGCAUUUUGCUGCUGUGCCCUGCUCAACUCUUCCCCUGGCAGACUUCUACACAACGUUGCCGAAGGCAAAUGAAGGUGCAUACGACUACUGGCUGAGACUCAACCAAGCUGCUGACAUUGCAGCUGACCGCCUCGAGGAACAAGGCAAGAAUUUGGACUGCUCCGCCAUUCAGGUGACACGAAUGUUUAUAAAGAAUUGCCCCUCCAGAGAUCUUUCCAUGACAUUCAGGUCAAAGACGAUUGACAAGUGGUCGGCUGUGGAAGUCCAGGCUGUGCUGGAUGAAUAUCACACAGAGUUGUCCUCAAAGAAUGCUGCUGAGAUGAGUAGGAAGCCCAAUGAAUGUGUGUAUUUGAACAAUGUUGAUAUGCUUCACACUGCAGUUGGUCGUUCUGACACUAAAGAGGCUAACAUGGCUAAGGGUACAGACCAGAAUGCCUUUGAACGUGUCAUAGCCAUGUUAGAAAAAUUUUGCUGGAGCGGUCUGCUCAAGCCCGUACUCCUGUGGCCAGACCACCAAAGACACGGUUCUCCAGAAUUAUGGGUCUGGAUAACUCGCCUUGUGCUGUUUGUGGUGACAUGGCUCACUCUGCACUUUUUCACUGCCGUAGGGAUAGACUCUGUUUUCAGUGCUACUCACCUGACCGCGCGAGGCGCGAUUGUCCUGCUCAGGCGAGGUUCACGCCAGCUGCACAGUCGGAAAACUGAUUGAUCUGCACCAGGGGGAGGUCGGUGUAGAUCCUGUUAAUGAUCCUCCCUGUAGUUUUUCCGAUGAUUUAGAGUCUAUGUUUGAGUCACUCAGUUCCGACAUACCCCCAGAUAGAACAGUUGUUUUCCAAGGCACACACAGAAUUCAGAAGUCUGAUAGCUUGUUCUAUACUACUGUCACAUCGGGUGGUAUUCCCCUGACAGCGAUGAUUGAUAGUGGGUCUACAGGUUGCACAUUAAGUGAGUGUGCUGUAGCGCGGUUGUUGGAGCACAUUCCAAACAUGAAGUGACACUCAACUGAUGGUGUUGUCAUUAUUGGAUGUGGUGGCCAUCAAGUGACCCCUUCAGCUGUUUAUGAUGUGGAAGUGGUGGUGUAUGAACGCAAGUUGGCUGUUCCCAUGUUUGUUGUGCCAGGACAGACAGACGACAUGAUCCUGGGCAGUAAUGUCAUAACAAAGAUUCUUCAACUGAUGAGAGGGACUGAGAGCUACUGGCGACUCAUGUCAGAGCCUAGCAGCGUCAUUGAUGAAGAUUGCCACCGGUUCUUCUCUCUCCUUUCUAACACAGAGAAAUGGAGGGGUGAAACUGCCUGACAAGGUUGGCACGCUGAAGCUUCAGCAAUGUGUCAUGCUCCAGCCGAUGAGUGAACACCUUGUUUGGGGUAAGCUUCCUGCCUCAGCACCUUUGUCAGUUGGCAGCUCAGUGAUGAUCGAACCGACCCAGUCACGGUGUAGAUCAAGGAAGAUUCUAGUUGGUAGGGUGAUAUCACCAAUGUGGGGUGAUCGAUACCUGCCUAUGAAAAUCAUCUACCCCACCAGUGAGCCUGUGAUGCUUAAGAAAAACUCAAAUCUAGCAGAUGUGUUUUCCUGUGUUGCUGUUGAAGAUUUGUCUCAGCCUGACCACAUCCAAGUUCACUCCCAAGUUAUGUCUGCUGCUACAGAGGUAAAGUCUAAAGAGGACAUCAAGGCAGCGCUGCACAGGCUUGGUCUGCAAGAUCUGGAUCUGGAUGCUUGCGCUGUCUCCGACCUUUGGAGAGACAGGCUUUUCCGGCUCAUCGAGAGACAGACAAUCUUUUCGCGCAACAAGAUGGACUGUGGGGAAGCAUCUGACUUUGUGCACAAGAUACAUCUGGUGGAUGAGAGGCCUUUCCGCCUGCUCUAUCGCAGGGUGCCACCAAAUUACUAUGAGAAGCUAAGAACCGCUCUCAGUGAGAUGGAAGAAAAGGGCAUAAUCCGGAAAUCCACAAGUGAAUAUGCAUCACCUUUGGUUCUUGUUUGGAAGAAAGAUGGAAAUUUGCCCAGCUGCACUGAUUUCAGAUGGCUCAAUGCGAGGACAGUGAGAGACACACACCCACUGCCUCAUCAGGCUGAUGCUCUCGUCGCACUUGGAGGAAAUGUCUUUUUCUCCACCAUGGAACUCACGUCAGGAUUCUAUAAUGUACCUCUGUUUGAAGGACACAAGAAGUACACCGCCUUUUCCUCCCCCUUUGGUCUUCAUGAGUACAACCGAAUGCCACAGGGUCUCUCGAACAGCCCAGCUACAUUUAUGAGGAUGAUGCUCUCUAUUUUCGGGAAUGAGAAUUUCACUAGCCUCUUGUGCUACCUUAACGAUCUCAUGGUCUUUGGUCCAACAGAAAAGAUAACGCUUGAGCGGUUGGAGAUGGUUUUCUCCCGCUUGAAGGACCACAACCUCAAGUUAGCACCAAAGAAGUGCCACUUUCUCAGGAGAUCAGUGAGAUUCUUGGCCAUGUUAUAUCUGAGUCAGGAAUCCAAACAGACCCUGGAAAGGUUGAAGCCAUUUGCAGAGUGCAGGCAUCUGACUUGAUGGAUAGUGAUGGUGUAACUCCCUCUCAAAAGAAGACUCGAUCUUUCUUGGGGAUGGUGUUGUAUAAUCAACAUUUUAUUGAGCAUUGCUCCAUUAAGGCUAGACCCUUAGUUAAGCUCAUCUCGGGUCAGAAGGCAAUUGGUAAGGCCAGGCGAGGAAUGAAAUCUAAAUUGAAGCAGUCGAGUUGUGUCAAGCUGUCAGCAGAGGACUGGACAACCGAGUGUCAGAAAGCAUUUGAAACAUUGAAAUGUGACCUGUCCCAAGGGGUAACACUGGCUCAUCCUGACUUCGGAAAGCCUUUUAUUCUUGCUGUGGAUGCUUCGUUUGAUGGCAUCGGAGCUGUUUUGUCCCAGCUUAGUGCUGGCGAAGAGGUUUCAAGGCCAGUCGCAUUUGCUAGUAAAACGCUGUCAAGAGCCCAGCUGAACUAUCCAGCUCAUAGGCUGGAAUUUUUCGCUUUAAAAUGGGCCAUUUGUGAUUAGUUCUCCCACUGGCUAAAAGGGAGGCACUUUACUGCAUGGUCUGACAACAACCCCCUGACCUAUGUCUUGACAAAGCCCAGGCUGGAUGCCUGUGAACAAAGAUGUGUUGCAAAACUGGCAGCUUACGAUUUUGACCUGAAAUAUGUGCCAGGGCCCAAGAAUACAGUGGCUGAUGCCUUGAGUCGUGAGCCCUUUGUGCAGUCCUGUGUCAGUCAUCGUUUGGUAAAGGAGCCAUAUCUCUCCUUGUUGGAUCAAGUGAAUGAAGUUGUGAAUGAUACUGUACAACAUGCUUUACGUUUGACCACCAACUGUCAACCUGUUCGAUCUUCAGGAGGCCAAUCGACCGAAGGACAAGUUUCUUCUCAGUCACCUGGAGGUGCAAUUGCUGCUGGAGAAGUGUCCGCAGUGUUAGACGCACACCGGACUGGCGGUGUCUCUUUGCUGCCAGGAACAAGCCCAACAUCGCUACAGCUGCCCAAAGAAGAUUCAUCUGUGGUUGUCUCUCACAGUCAACUACAAAAUCUUCAGCAGCAGGACCCCACGAUUAGCAGCGUUCUCUUCUAUGUGAACCGACACAAAAGACCGUCAAGACAUGAAAGAACGACUGAGUCGAGCUGUGUGCUCAGAUUGUUGAGACACUGGGAUAAGUUCAAAGUAUGUGGUGGAAUUCUAUAUCGAGUGAAGAAGGACGGCUUCAUGAACAAGAAAAUCUUUCAGUUUGUCGUUCCAGACUCGCUGAAGAGACAGGUCUUACAUGGCGUUCAUGACGCAGCUGGUCAUCAGGGCCGCUCUAGGACGUUUUCUCUGGCCAGCGAAAGAUUUUUCUGGAUAGGAAUGGAAAAAGAUAUCUUGAGACAUGUUGUCAACUGUCAGAGAUGCAUUUUGGGUAAGACACCUGAACCAGAAGCCCGUGCACCUCUUGAGAACAUUCGCACUUCGGCUCCCAUGGAAUUAGUGUGCAUUGAUUUUUGGACAGCGGAAUCAGGUGACAAUAAAUGCACUGAUGUCCUGGUUGUGACAGACCAUUUCUCGAAGUUGGCUCUUGCAUUCCCCUGCAGAAACCAAUCAGCAAAGCAAGUUGCCCGGUGCCUGUGGGACAAGUUUUUCUGCAUCUAUGGAUUCCCUAAAAGGAUUCAUUCGGACCAAGGAUCUUCUUCAGAUGGCGGGAGUGCAAAAAUCCCACAUGACUCCAUAUCAUCCAAUGGGCAAUGGUAUUACUGAAAGAUUCAACAGAACUCUUGGAGGUAUGAUUCGGACCCUUCCCCCGAAAUCCAAGUCCAGAUGGCCGCAAAUGCUCCAGACUCUGACGUUUUGGUACAACUGUACAGUGCAUGAGACCACAGGCUUUGCCCCGUUUUACCUGAUGUCUGGUCGUGUCCCACGCUUGCCUGUUGACGUUAUGUUCCAUCAUGUCUUGGAGAACUCCACUGUUGUCAGCCAAAAUGAGUUUGUGUGCCAUCUAAAAAGGGAUUUCAUCGAGGCCACACGGAUUGCUAAACAACACGCAGUUGAUGAGCAGGAUCGUCAUGCGAAGAUAUACAAUCGAAAGGUUAAAGGGUCACAGUUAGUUGUAGGUGACAGAGUGUUGCUUGCCAAUCGAGGUGAAAAAGGGAAGAAGAAAGUUGCAGACCGAUGGGACUCAACCCCUUUUGACGUUGUGUCUGUGAGAUCAAAGAUCAAUGUGUACCGGAUUCGUGAUGCAACAGGGAAAGAGAAGGUAGUACACCGGAAUUUGCUGCUCCCAGUUGAUCUCCUGACAUUCUCCGGGAUUGAUGAAGCCCAGACAAAUUCUGAUGAGUCACAGUCAGAUACAGAUUGUGGCGAUAACCAGCCCAGUGUUUUGUGUAAUCAAGAUGAUGUUCAAGCACGGACUAAGGAAUGGCUCAUGCAGUCACCGGCUCAGGCAGAGGCAGGAACUGAUGAUGAAAUUGAGGAUGAUCAGCUCGAUGAAGGCUGUCGGAUGGAUGGCAUUGUGGAAAGCCAGUCUGUGGAAUUGCCUAUCAACCUCUCUGCCGAAUCUGGAAGCAGCCACAUGAGUCACGCACACACUGAACUUUCAUUUGACCCUGUAGUUCACACAACACAUUUGACAGACCUUCCUGUUGCCCUAGACGACUCGUCCCCACUACAGGUUGAGUUAGAAGAAGUAGCCUGCACACAUCCACUAGACACUCAGGGAACCUUAGUCUCCACAAGGUGUGGUAGAAGUAUUAGGCCACCCAAAAGACUUAUUUGGGAGAUGUCAUUCCAGAGAGUUGUUGUACCACCAUUAGUAUGGGUGUAAUUCUUUGAUUUGGUUUUGGGACGAACCGUGAUAUUGUUGACUUGUAUUAGCACAAUUGUAAAAUGUAUUCUAUAAGCUGGACGCUAAUAGCGCUACUGCUGGGCGUAGAUAUGUACGUGUAUGUGAAAUGUAUAUGGCAUUUCUAAUGGUCUGUGAUAGGUGCAGGUUUUGGUACCCUCCUCUGCCUAUACACUUCUUGAGGAAGAAUUUCUGACGUUGACUUUUCCGUUGUACAUUAUUGCCCGAGAUCCUCAUACUGUUUCUACUUUUUGUCGUUAAAACUGUUCUUCAUGUUUUGCCUCACUUCAGCAUACUUUAAGGGGGGUGUAUAUAACGGUGUAGAAAACAGAAUAUCCUCAUGCUUGAUUAAAUUAUGAAUUAAGUGUUCCAACAGCGCCUGUUGCUGGCGAGAAGUGGUAUGUACGGUCACCUGUGGGAAGUGCUCAGAACUGUGACGCCUCCAAACUGAGAAUCCCGUGACCCAAGUAGACUCACAAUCUCACAAUUUGCACUGUUUUACAGGUAAUAUUAUAUUUCAUGCCACUGUGUUUGUUUGGCUGUUCACAUAUUUGUCCUGACCUAUUGUAUGAUGCUAAUGCUAGCAUGGCUAGGCCGCAGCCUGGUUUAUCAACCGCAUGGUUUGAAGCAGCCAUUUUGGAUGCGAGGUGUGUUUAGGGACAUCCUGUAAAAUGUAGUUUCUGUAAAUUUACUGUGUAUUUUGCAUAUUAAAAAAAAAGGAUUAUUGUUAAUUUGAGCACACCAUUGUCAGUACAUGUGAAACCAUUGAAGAAAUUAAUAUGAUGAUUAGUAUAAAGAUUUGGUCUAAACACUAUACGAUCACACCCAAAUGUAACAUGUUGUUUGUACAAUGAAACUAUGGUUUGUUAUGUCAAACAUCAGAACUGUGACACCUCCAAACUGAGAAUCCCGUGACCCAAGUGGACUCACAAUCUCACAAUUUGCACUGUUUUACAGGACACUGUAAUAAAAGAAAUUCAUAAUCCA